GUAGGACAGACAGGUUAAAACGCUGAGUAGAACGAGUAUCAUUUACCUGUCGUGAUAUCACGGUGAAGAGACGGCCGAGUAUCUCAGGUAUAUCAUAUUGGCUACAGGUGUGACACUUAUAAUUCACAAUAUCAGCAAAACACCGUAUUUAAAUUUAGUUAAAAGGUAGUUCAAUGUUGUCUUCAUGUUAAGAAACUUGGAUUAGACAAUUUUAAAAAGUGGAAAAUGGCUGAUUCGCGUCUCCAUUGGGGAGAUAUUCUGGUGAUAAUUGGAUAUUUUGUGGCUGUCAUUGCCGUUGGUAUAAUUUCAUCAUGUCGAAACAGAGGAAGUAUAAAUGGCUUUUUCUUGGCUGGAAGAAGUAUGCACUGGAUCCCGAUUGGCGCCUCCUUGUUUGCUAGUAAUAUUGGUAGUGGCCAUUUUGUCGGAUUAGCAGGAUCUGGCGCCGCUGGUGGAAUUGGUAUUGCUGUAUUUGAACUUAAUGCCAUCUUUAUAUUAAUGAUAUUAGGAUGGAUUUUUGUUCCUGUUUAUACAGCUGCCGGUGUAUAUACCAUGCCAGAAUAUUUACGGAAGAGAUUUGGAGGACAAAGAAUCAGAAUUUAUUUGUCUGUUUUAGCUCUUCUGUUGUAUGUUUUCACAAAAAUAUCGGCUGAUCUGUAUUCUGGUGCUAUAUUUUUAACUCAAGCUUUACCGGAACUUAAUUUAUACGUGGCUGUUAUAAUUUUACUGGCUGUAGCUGCUCUCUUCACCAUUGGAGGUGGUUUAACGGCUGUAAUUUGGACAGAUUUUAUACAAACUAUCAUCAUGUUAGUGGGAGGAUUUAUUCUCAUGAUAAUGAGUUUUAUAAAAGUUGGAGGAUAUGAGCGAUUGGUAAAGGAGUAUUUUGAGGCAUGGCCAAACACGACUAAAAUACAUAAAGGGUUGCCUAACGAUAAUUAUAGUUAUACCGAUUGUGGUAUACCACCAGCCAAUUCCAUGAACCUGAUCAGAAGUGCUGAAGAUGGUUCCCUCCCUUGGCCUGGAAUAAUGUUUGGUUUAACCAUUUCAUCAGUCUGGUAUUGGUGUUCUGAUCAGGUCAUUGUCCAGAGAGCUCUCGCCGCCAAGAACUUGUCUAAUGCUAAAGCUGGAACCAUACUUGCUGGUUAUUUGAAAUUCUUGCCAAUGUUCUUGAUUGUAUUCCCUGGAAUGAUCUCCAGGAUUCUCUUUACUGAUACGGUAGGUUGUGCUGAUCCGGACAUAUGUGAACAAGUCUGUGAUAGUCGCUCUGGUUGUACUAACAUCGCCUAUCCUACACUCGUGUUAGAGAUUAUGCCUCCUGGAUUACGAGGAUUGAUGUUGGCUGUGAUGAUGUCAGCUUUAAUCUCCUCCCUGACUUCUAUCUUCAACUCGAGCAGCACCAUCUUCACCAUGGAUAUAUGGAGAAGAAUCAGAAAGGGGGCCACAGAGGUGGAGCUUAUGAUAGUUGGAAGAGUAUGUGUAUUGAUAUUGGUAGCAGUGAGUAUAGCCUGGAUACCUAUAGUACAGAAUAUAUCAGAAUUAUUUCACUAUAUACAAGCUAUAACUAGUUAUCUAGCACCACCGGUCUGUUCUAUCUAUGUCCUCGCUAUCUUCUGGAAGCGAACCAAUGAACAGGGAGCUUUCUGGGGAUUAAUGGUAGGAUUAGUUGCAGGAUUAACCCGGUUUAUUUGGGAGUUUUCUUACACUCCAGUACCAUGUGGUGAGGAGGAGAACGACAUCCGACCCGAUAUCAUCAGUAAAGUUCAUUACCUCCAUUUUGGUAUAUUACUGUUUGGUUUAGUAGUUAUAGUAACUGUUGUAGUCAGUUUACUUACAGCACCAAUUGAAGACAGAUAUCUACACAGGUUGACGUUCUGGAGUAGAUUUGAUACACGGGAGAGGUCUGAUUUAGAUAAAGAGGAGGCAGAAAAGGUUGCUAAGAAACCACCUCCAGUUAUCGCAGAAGUGGAUUACGAUACUCUGCCAUGGUACAAGAAAGCAUUCCAGUGGAUAUGUGGUAUUGAGAAGAUGAAUGACGCGCCAGUAUUUACAGAAGAAGAGCUCAAGAUACAAGAGAUGAAACAAACAUCCAUCCACGAGACAAAAACAUGGCGCCGUGUUCUAAAUGUCAACGCCAUUGUUCUUAUGACUUUAGCCAUUUUUGUUUGGGGUUUCUGGGCAUAAAUCUGUCAGACGUCAUCAAGGGGUGAUUAUACUUGAGAUAUUAUUGAGGUUUUUAAAUAGUGAUAACUCUUCAGUUUAAUUCAUAUGUUUUCAUAUUAUUAGUGGGCAAUCGUUACUUCAGUACUUAUAUUCUUUACUGACUCAAACAUAUUGUAGACUAGCGGAUAACCCGGCGAUACUCGGGUUGUGCCCGUAAUUCCGAAACUGGGAGGCUUAGGCCAACGCCACGUCCGAGCUACAAAUUUCACAGCCCGAGUGUAGCCCGCUAACCCUGAACAGACAAACAGAGAGAGAGAGAGAGGGAGAGAGAGAGAGAGAGAGAGAAACAAACGACAAUCACAAAUAUUAGUACAGAUGAAAUUGUCUAUAAUGUUUGACUUGAGUACUUCAAUUCUUCAACACUUCUGCCCACUUAACCGACUUAAACAUAGAUUUCUGGGAUAUAGUUUUUUCUCCGAAAAAAAUGGACUUAUUAUUAGUGGGUAAUCGUUGGUUGCUUGAGUGCUUAAAUUCUUAAAAACACUUUUGCCCACAUUUAACCGACUCAAACAUAGAUUUUUUGGAUAUAAUAUUUUUUCUCUGAAAACCCUAGAAUUUAGCAGAGUUAACCGACUCAAAUAUAGAUUUUUGGGACAUAAUUUUUUCUCUGAAAACCCUAGAAUUUAGCAUAAUGUAAAAUGAAACUCAUCUCUUAUGUUAAUUACAUAUAGUUGUUUUGUAUAUUACUAAAUCAUUAUUAUUAACAUAGUUUAGUAUCGUUAUUAACAUUUAUUAACAUUAAUUGAUCAUUGACCGGCGCCAUAUUAAAUGGUAAAAAAAAACCACGUGUUUAAGAGAUUUUAUAGUAUCCAGUGAGAAGACGAACCCUACCCCGGUUUAAAAGAUUCCUUUAGUAUCCAGAUGUUAAUUAUCAUUUACUUAAUACUAUAAGACAUAUACAAGUAGAUUUCACAAAUUAAAAACACUUAUAUAGAUAUACUACUGCGAAAUUUACUAACAUGCUUACGUUUCGAUACACAUACAGAUAUCGUUAUCAAGCAUUUGUAUAGACAUUUAAAAAUGGUACCAAUGUGUAAAUGUAAUAGUCUAUUUACAGUUUAAAAAAAUAUGAAAAACCCACAGUUAUUUUUAAUAUCUAAUUGUCCAAAUGUUCAACUUUUAAUAUCUAGUUGCCUGGAUGUUCGACUUUUAAUAUCUAGGGGCUUCAAUGUUACAUUAUUAAUAUCCAAUGGCUCCAAUGCAAUGGCUCCAAUAUACGAAAAGUGAAAUAACGUUUGAAUAUAUUAUAAUAUUAUUCAAUAGUGUACAAACAGAAUUCGUUAUUAAGUUGCAAUUUAAAUUAUUCUGAAAUGGUAUUGUAUAGGAUAAUGUUUCAAACCUAUCCAAAUCAUUAGUGGUCAGUAUAUUAAUGUCAAAUUUAUGUCGUUUUUAAGUGAUUGACUGUCAAUAAAUUUUGUAUAAAAUAUU